UAAAGCUUGUUAGAAGAAAUUUUAUAUUCAGAUUAUUAACUUAUUAGUAUUUUGCACGGAAACUGGUUUCAGUAAUAAAAUAUUUAUAACUAGUUUUCGUUGGCGCGAGUGAAAGUUUCUUCAUCUGCUUAUUCAUCAAUUCUACAAAGAAUUGUAAAUUUUCGGUAUGAAUAGAGUUUUAAGGAGAUUGACAAACAAUAUGGCUGCAUUGAAAGUAAAUCAAAAUAUAGUAGCUUAUAGCAUAUCUGCCAAACCUCAACCUGUGCAUAAGGAUAACCCGCAAGGACUACCUUUUCUUCCCGUGCCACCAUUGAAAAAUACACUGGAAAAGUAUUUGAAGUCAGUAACUCCUUUUUUAACAGAGUCAGAGCUUAGUAAAACCACAGAGUUAAUAAAGGAGUUUGGUGCAGAAGGAGGAGUUGGACAAAAGUUGCAGGCUUUAUUAAACAAACGCGCAGCAAAUACCGAUAGCUGGUUAGCUAAUUGGUGGCUUCACAGUGCCUACUUAGACUUUAGAUGGCCUGUCGUAGUUCAUUCCAGUCCUGGUCUUGUAUUUCCAGAAAGAACAUUCUUUAAUGAUAGUGAGAGAAUUGAUUUCACAGCCAAACUAAUUUGUGCUGCCAUUGACUACAAAAUAUUAAUAGACAAAAAUGCUUUACCACUGGAUAAGAUGGGAAAAUAUCCUUUGGAUAUGGCUCAAUACACAAAAAUAUUUGGAACCUGUAGAAUUCCUGGCUUAACAAGAGAUUCUUUAUCAUUUAAUCCUACUUCAAAACACAUUAUUGUUAUGUACAAUAGCAAUAUUUACAAAGUAGUUGUAUUUGAUAAUAAUGCGCCAUUAAGUAAAGAUCAAAUUCUUAGCCAGUUAAAUAUUGUGAUUAAUCAAUCCCAAAAUAAAGGUGCUGGAAUAGGCAUAUUGACAACGGAACAUCGUGAUACUUGGGGUAAAGCCUAUGAACUACUAAUGAAAGAAAAUUCAAAAGCUUUAUCUGAAAUUGAAAAGUCCUUAUUUGUUGUUUGCUUGGAUAAUGAAAUGCCUGCUGAUAAUGAUGUCAAUAGACAGACUACUGCUGGUAAACAAUGUAUCCAUGGUGGGGGUAGUUCAAUAAAUGCUGGUAAUCGUUGGUACGACAAAACAAUUCAGUUUGUAAUAGGCACAGAUGGCUUAAAUGGUCUAACUUAUGAGCAUUCACCUGCUGAAGGACAACCAAUUGCAGUAUUAACAGAUCAUGUUGUUAAUUACAUUGAUGCCCACAAAUAUCACGAGUUGCCAGAUGUCUCCUCUGUGGUGAAACCAGAAGAAUUAAAAUUUAAAAUAUCAGAUGAGGUAUCAUCAUACAUGACCCAAGCUGCAUCCAAUAUAGAUAAACUGGUUGAUGAUUUAGAAAUGAAUUGUUUCACAUUUAGAGGUUUUGGCAAAGACUUUAUCAAAACUCAAAAAUUGAGCCCUGACAGUUUUAUUCAAAUGGCUCAACAAUUAGCUUUUUAUAGAAUGCAUAAAACACCUGGAGCACAUUAUGAAUCAGCCGCAACAAGAAUGUAUCUACAUGGCAGAACGGAAACAAUACGAUCAUGCUCAAAAGAAUCAAUUGAGUUUGCUAAAACAAUGUUGGAUGCGAGAAGUGGUAUUGAACAAAAGAUAAAUAAGUUAAGAGCAGCAGUUCAAGGACACAAAGACUAUUCUGUUCAGGCUGUUUCUGGAUUUGGGGUGGAUAGGCAUUUAUUGGGAUUAAAAUUAAUUGCUAUAGAAAAUGGUAUUGAAGUACCAUCAAUAUACAAAGAUCCAAGUUUUACAAGAAGUACACAUAUGCGAAUAUCAACUAGCCAGGUUGCAUCCAAAUGUGAUGGCUUUAUGUGCUAUGGACCACUCGUUGAAGAUGGAUAUGCCUGUUGCUACAAUCCACGUGAUAAUGAUAUGAAUUUUGGCAUUUCUGCAUUUAAAUCAAAUUCAAUCACAAGUGCAGAUCGAUUCAGAGUUGCUUUAGAAGAUUCUCUAUAUGAUAUGCAAGAUAUUCUAUUAAGAACACAAAAAUCAAAACUGUAAUUUCUUUUAAAACAUUUCAUACAAAUGUGAGAAAAAGACUGAUAUU